GUUUAAUACAAAACAGUACUUACGAGCAAUAAAUACACAUAUUACAAAGAAAAGUCCAGGAAUAUAUGGAAAAGCGUUUUUAAAAAAUGUUCAGAGAAAACGAAACAACAAUAUUAGAAGACGUGAAUUAUUUCCUCUUAAAGCCCAAAAAAAAAUUUCUAAAUCAGGUCCCGAUGAACAUUACGGCCUCGCUGAAGAAUUGCCACCUGAUAAUUUAUCGUUGGAAGAUUUAGAAAUUAAAAAAAAUGAUUUUAUUAAAAAGUUAAAAGACACAAAUAUAGAUAAUCUACUUGUUACCUGCUGUACAGAAAAAUAGUAACCAUACAUACCAAUCUUUAUAGUUAUAAUUACAUUUUAAAAUUUCAGUUUCCCUGGAAAAUGAGACGAGAAAUCAGGGAAUAUCCCAACUUUGGCAUUCCGAAAGGCGCAUACGAAUAACAGCAUCGAAUGUGGGCAAAAUAUGUAAAAUGAGGUCUUCUACAUCAUGCAAAAAAAUAGUUCAUGGACUUUUGUACGGAAAUAUUAACUGUAAAAUUAAAGCUAUUGAGUAUGGACGUGUUAUGGAACCAAUUGCUAAAGAAAAGUACAGCUUAAUAUUUGGAUCAUAUAUAAAACCUGUUGGUCUAUGCGUGGAUAGUAAUAUUCCCUAUUUAGCUGCAAGCCCAGAUGGCCUUAUAGGAGACGAUGAAAUAAUCGAGAUUAAAUGUCCAUAUUCCGUCAAAGACUACUCAAAUAUAUUUGAAGCUAUUAGUGAUGGAAAAAUUAUUUAUUGUACUGUGGAUGAAAAUAAGGAAGUAGUUCUGCUUAAAAAAAACCACGAUUAUUAUUUUCAAAUACAAACACAACUUCACGUAACAAAAAGAAAAUUAUGUCAUUUUUUUAUUUUUACUGAUAAUUGGUAUUACAGUAUACAAGUGAAAUAUUGUGAACAAUUUUGGAAUAAAAAUAUUCAGCCUUUAUUAUUACCUUCAGUAAUUGCUCCAUUAAAAGGUGUAUUUGAUAAUUUUUUACGAGCAUUAAGAAUAUCAAAUGCAUUGUUAAACAUUAAACAGAACUCAGCAGUUGCAUUGCAUCCAUCAAAUAACGAAUCCUUUGUUUUGGUAAAAAGCAGAGCAUCUGAAACACAAGUACUUAGUACUUGA